UAGAGAAGUUGUUGCCUAAAGCUCAUCGCUUUUUCCUCAUUCAUGUCAUGCCUACCAUCACCGCCAUUCCAACUCCCUGAAGGAGUAUUCCAGUUAACGAGCUUGAUGACAAUGUGGUGGAAAUGUAUAUUGAGGAUAUGAGGGCCAAAUGUAAAGAAAUAUUUAUCCCAUUUAAGAAUUUAUGCAAUCGAAAAAGUGUUGAAACUGUGGUGCUGGAAGGGGAUAAUCCUGCAACAAUGCUUCUACAAUAUGUAACUCAGGCUGGGAUUAAUACUCUAGUGUUGGGCUCUUCCUCUCCCAGUUACUUUUCCAGGAGGCAGAAGGAUUCGGGCGUACCAUCUGUUAUCCUGAAGCAUGCUCCUGAGUCUUGUGAUGUUUAUGUGGUGUCGUCAAAUGGGCUUCUGAAAAACUCCUUGAGUCCCCUGUUACCUACUGAGACAGAAGUUCAUACUAUCAAUCAACAAGAAUCCAAUGUGUCUUAUGCCGCCAUGGAAUUUAAUAGAAGAGCAUCAUCACUUCCAAACUUUACCCACCUGAAUUCUCCAGCAUUUGCACAUGGGAACUCUUCUAUUCAUUUCAGGUCUCAGCAAAGAUAUAAACAAAAUGUAGAAGAAUUUACAGCAGGUCCGGAGGUGGUCAAGGGUGGUCAUUCUUCCACUUGUUCAGAGCAGUCAGACAUUCAGGCUGAAAUGGAAAGAAUGCGCUUAGAAUUACAAAAUACCAUUGCAAUGUACAACCAAACGUGUGAACAUCUGAUCCAUGCUCAAAACAAGGUCCAACUACUUUCUUCUGAAUGCAUUGAAGAAGCAAGAAGAGUGAAUGCAGCCCAGAAAAGAGAAGAAAGCCUAAGGAAAACAGCUGCUGAAGCAAAGAAGAAGCAUGUGGAAACGGAGAAGGAGGUCAUGAUAGCAAGAAAGUUGCUCGCCGAAGAGGCUUGUGAGAGGCAGAUAGCAGAGCUGAAGGCUCUCCAACAGUCCUUAGAAAAACAAAAGGUCGUCAAUGCACUGAUGUCAUGUGAUGGAAGGUAUAGGAGGCUAACUAGAGAAGAGAUUGAGGUGGCUACUGAUUUCUUUUCUGACUCUAAGAUGAUUGGCGAAGGAGGCUAUGGGAAAGUUUACAAAGGCAACCUUGAUCAUACCCCUGUUGCCAUCAAAAUUCUUCAUCCUGAUGCAUCACAAAAGAAAGAGGAAUUUCUAAGAGAGGUUGAGGUUCUUAGCCAGUUGCAUCACCCAAAUAUUGUUUUACUGCUUGGAGCCUCUCCAGAAAAUGGCUGUCUUGUUUAUGAGUAUAUGGAAAAUGGAAGCCUGGAAGAUUACAUUUUCCAAGGAAAAAACAGACCUCUUCCCUGGUUUGUUCGAUUCCGGAUACUUUUUGAAGUGGCAUGUGGUCUUGCAUUCUUGCACAACUCAAAGCCUGAGCCCGUUGUUCAUCGAGAUCUAAAACCAGGAAACAUACUGUUGGACAAAAAUUAUGUGAGUAAAAUUGGAGAUGUGGGUUUAGCAAAAAUAAUGUCAGAUAUUGUUCCAGAAAGUAUUACUGAGUAUAGGGACUCCAUUAUUGCUGGCACUCUUGCUUACAUGGAUCCGGAGUAUCAAAGAACUGGCACCCUGAGACCUAAGUCUGAUCUCUAUGCUUUUGGAAUAAUAGCACUUCAACUAUUGGCUGCUUGUCAUCCUAAAGGCCUUAUCAUGAAAUUUGAAAAAGCUAUAGUUAGUGAUUCGCUCGCGGAUGUACUUGACAAGUCAGUAGUAGAUUGGCCAUUGAUUGAAGCAGAAGAGCUAGCUAAGAUGGCACUACAAUGCUGUAAGCUUAGAUGCAGAGAUAGACCAGAUCUUGAGACUGAAGUUCUUCCACUUCUGAAAAAGCUUUCUGAAUUUGCCGAAAUGCAUGUCAAGUCAGAGAAAAACCUUAUCCAGGCACCUAGCCAGUACUUCUGUCCAAUCCUUCAGGAAGUAAUGGAAAGCCCACAUAUAGCAGCUGAUGGCUUUUCAUAUGAGCAUAGAGCAAUAAAGGCAUGGGUUGACAGACAUAACGUGUCACCUGUGACGAAACAGAGACUGCAACACAAGAUGCUUACCCCAAACCACACAUUACGCCUUGCCAUACAAGAUUGGAAGUCACAUUUGUAAUGUGUGCAUAUAUCAAGCCAAUAAUAGUUCCGGAGAACAAUAAAGGGGAAGGAGUGAAAGGAAAAGAACUUGGACAUAUAUUAUAUUCUGUUGGAGAGGUGUCUCGAGAACAAAAUAUAGUUUCACUGUUGUUCAUUGACAUUACUCAAGUGCAUUGAAAGUUACAAUUGUAGUCUUAUAAGCAUUUAUAUUGCAUUUGAUAGUCGAGAACACAAAGAAUGUAGACAAUUGUGUUUCAUUAUCCCGGGAAUGAAGAAACAGAUUGCAUGCAUCUUUUCGUUCAA